AUGUCACAUAUUGAAGAAGAAUUUUUGAAGAUUGAAAAAGAUCAUGCUUGGAAUACAUUAUUUCAUAAACUUGAAAAUGAUCAUGUAAUUAAAACAUCUGACAAGAAAAAUGAUAUUGCAUUAUUAAAUAUUAAUCGUGGGUUAAAUCGAUUUCGUGAUGUUUUACCUUAUGAUGAUACACGUGUUUGUUUAACAACAGGUUCAAAUGAUUAUAUCAAUGCAAGUUAUGUUGAAGUGCCUGUUGCUAAUAGAAAAUAUAUUCUUACACAAGGACCACUUCAAGCAACAUCAAGUCAUUUUUGGCAGAUGGUUUGGGAGCAAAAUAGUCGUGUUAUUGUUAUGUUAACUGGUUUAAUAGAAAAAGGAUGUAAUAAAUGUUGGUUAUAUUAUCCAGAUUAUCAAUAUGAAAGUGAAAUUACAUUUAAUGAUGUAGAUUUAAAAGUAACAUUCGUAUCCGACAGACAAUAUCGAUAUUACACUCAAAGAAAAUUUGAAUUAAUAAAUCUUUCAACUAGUGAAUCUCGUUCAAUAAUUCAUUGGUCAGAUUUUGAUUGGCCUGAUCAUGGUGCUCCAAAUAAUCCAGAACCAUUUUUACAAUUAAUUAGUGAUGUUCGUCACUGUGGUGCCUUUGAUCCUCGUUAUGGUCCACUAGUUCUUCACUGUAGUGCUGGUAUCGGUCGAUCGGGUACAUUUGUACUUGUUGAUUCCAUUUUAAAACUGCUUGCUCAUACACAAAAACCUGAUGAUAUAUCGUUAAUUGAUGUUCUCGCUCAUAUUCGAACACAACGUCAUGGACUUAUUCAAACCGUAGAACAGUUGAGGUUUUCUUAUCUUGCUACUGUUGCUGGUUUGAAAGUUCUCAAUGAAAUCGAACAACAUGAAAAACCAUUUAUCGAAUAUGAUUUUAAUUUAUCAAGUGAAAGUGAAAGUGAUGAUGAUGAAAAGAAUUUUAACAGUAAAAACUAUCAAAAAGUAUGUGGAAGACAAGAUAAUGUAAUGCAAAAUGGUCGUUUAAGUGAUACACUCGAAGAUAUCAAUUGUGAAUUAAUCAAAAGGGUUGAUUCAAAUCUAAGUAGCUAUCAACCUUCACCAAAAUCAGCACAUCGUUUACAAUCAUUAUCGGGAACACAAUUAUCAUCAGAAGAUUUAAAAGAAUAUAUUCCAUCGCCACCGAUCAUUACACCACAUGAUGUUGAAACAUCUCUUCGUCUUCGUCAAGAACGUUUAAUACGUAAUGAAGCUAUUGAGAAAAAAGUUAAUGAAAUAAAAACAAAACUACAACAACAACCUUCUUCUAUAUUAACAACAAAUAAUGAAACAUCAUUGUUUAAACUCUUGACAACACAAUAUCGUCGUCCUUUGUUUAUUGGUAUAUUGACAUUAUUUACUGGUUCAUUGAUGUUAUAUAAAUAUGCUUUUAGUAAUGAUCGUAAUCAUUGA